AUGCAGUCACCAGGUGACGAGAAAGGAAGUUCCGGAGGCUCUGAGGAAAAACAAUCUUUACUAGAAAAAGAAUCGGACACGUCAUCAGGGAGUUCAGAAGCGUCCAAACCGAAAAGAGCACAAUCUGUGAGGACAUUCAGGGUUAAGGAUGAUUACUGGAAGGAUUCUGAGAGGCCUUUGUUGGCAGAAGGCUCAUCGGAUACAACAGGGAGCACAGGAACACCCCCAAGACCCGGAGGAGCUCGUCUCAAAAGGCUAGACGCCUUGCCACUAGACCGUCAUGAAGGAUACCAGAAACUGGGGGAGGAGUCUGAUCCCAAAUCGCCGAAAAAAGAAACCGUCCCUCCGGAAAAAAGACCCUUAUUGUCAGAAGAACCAUCCGGAACAACAGGAGUUACAGAAAAACCUCCGAAACCUCCGAAAGGCACAACCGCAGAAGCGGGACUAAAACAAAAAAUAAGCAAAGCAGAAGGCUACGAACGACUGGACAAAGGGAAGAGUCUAACAUUUACUCCACGGGACCCGAUUGUCUUCGGAGUUUUUACGGGAAAAGAUGGCCAUCGUAUCACGCGCGAAGAGUGCGGAGCAAAAUGCAAGGCCCACUUUGGCGAGAUGUAUUUGCCGGAUCAUAACCGUGUUCCAUUCGCUCUUCCUUUCAUUAUAACGGACGAGAAAACGAAUGCAGUACGUUGUAACUGUACAAUGAAUGCCGAGCAAAUACGGGAUUUGCUUCGACAAACAGAACUAGGUAGAAAUUAUUAUAACUUCCAGAAUUUAGCGAAGCAGUCAUUCUGUCACGCCAGGGUCUGGCUGUAUACGAGGGACUUCCAAAGGAUAACUGUGGAUAUCCCGUAUGAGCUGGAAUCGAAGAAGCUGAAAUCUCCAAAGGAAAGAGCCAAAUUUUCUAGAUUAGAAUCAAUAUCAGGUCAAGCUCACGUGUCUCCAGAUUAUUUUCGACGGAAAUUUCGAGAAGACGAGGAACGAGCUCGGUUAGGGAGGUUGGAAAAAGAAAAAAAGAAAAAAGCGGAAGCAUCUUCGAAGGAUCGAUCUAAGAAAGGUAAAGAAGUUGCUGAGAUCUCGCCGGAAGAAGAGGAGCAAUGGAAAGCUCUGGUAGAAAGAAAUAAAAACAAAAAAAAGGAAGGAGCUUCGGAGGAUCCUGCUGAAAAAGGUAAAGAUGUUGCUCAGGUCAACCCAGAGGAAGAAAAAAUUAUCGUCGGAGCAUUUCCGAGGUCUAAGGACAAAGGGUUCACGGAUGAGAGUUGCAAAGCGACUUGCCAAGAGUUUUUCGGCGAGAUCGAGUUAACCAUCGGAUUUCGUACUAGCUUCACGAAACCGGAAAUAUUAGAGAACGGGAACACCUGCAGUUGUUUCGUGAAUCCGAGGUUGUCGUGGUGGGCUGAAGUAACGAAGUUCAGCCUGGAAUUCCUCGAAAAAUUCAGGCAUUUCUACUGUUUCGGGCAGAUCGAGUUCGAAAACUAUGACAUUUUCCUUCAAUAUGAAAUGGAUGCACAUCCAAACAGGAAGUCGAAAAGAUCUAAAGUAGAUAUAGACGCGUAUAACAGGGAAGUAGCGGAGAGAAGAAACAGAGCACUUCAAAUAAUGAGAGCACGUCCGCAAAAAGAUAAGCCGCAACCCAAGAAAACUGCGGGGGCGGCAGAACCCCCGACAUUUCUUCUGGGCACAAUACAGAGAAGUUCAUGGAAGAACAAGUUAUCAACACUUACGCCUGAAAAAUGCCAGAAGAAAUGCAAUGAGAGGUUUGGGUAUAUUCUCCAGGAGCCUCCAAAAGCUGAAAGCUCCCCUGUAGGCAUUCCUCCAGGUAAUCCAAACUUGCCCCCAAACGCUCCUCAAAAAUCUCCCCAAACACCUCCUCAAAACGUCCCUCCAGAAGUUUCUCAAAACCUUGAUCGGAUACCGUUUACCACGGCAAAAGUAUCAGAUGAUAAGAGUGAAUGUAAAUGCUACUUCAAUAGAGGUCAAAUUCUUCCAUACCUUAAAACGAGAAUUAAAAAUUAUGCGAGUUGGGAAUCAAUAUUCCUUUUUUACCUCUCAGGUAAACCCUUCGGAUACGACGACGGAGUGACUCAUUUAAAGGCAGAACAAAUUAAAGUCGUGAAUGAGAAUGGUUCAGAGAAAAUCGUGCACAACCGGUUCGACAAGUCGGAAAAAAAUCCACCUGAAACCAAACCCACAAAACCCAACUAACCAAAUCCCAUUUGAACGUACAGCUCAGCGAAAAGUGAGGGAAUAAUCUCUUAGUUGAAAACAUUUGAGUUUCUAGUCAGGAAAUGCACGCCAGGGGUCAAAAUUGACGCGCAUCUCUUUCAGUGGAGGAAUCAAUGAAUGCGAUGUGUAACUCCUGUUGUCACACAUAAAAUAAGAUUAUCACACAUUCCACGAAAAA